AAAGAAAACACCUGGCAUUGAGAUUGCCACGUGGCAAAGCCAAGCACAUUGGGACUGUGGGUGUAACCGGGGGUUGUAUGGUAUGGUCAUUAACCUUUCACGGAAUCUCUCAGUAGCAGCAGCAGCUUAUUCUUCUCGGCCAUGGCAGUAGGGGUAGCAGUCUGCUACUGCUCAAACCUCAAGCCCUCCUCAUUUCUUGGCCAUUUCCCAUACCACCAAGGAAAAUCACCCUCUGGACAAGGCAUUAAGAAUUCAGUUCAUGCAUCUAGAAUCAGUGCACUGUUUUGGGGAGCUAAGAAGGCUGUGGAACCAACUGAAAGGGACCUUUCUCUGGGAGAGUUCAUUUUGACAGGGUCAGGCCCAGAGGGAGUUUCAGAAAAUCAGGUGGCACCAAAGAAGAUAUCACUUUCAGUGGUUUCUUCAAUCUUAGAUGUUCCGUCUCAAGAUUGGGAUGCAUGCAAUAUGGAUGCUACGGGUCCUGAAAAAUUUAAUCCAUUUCUUACCCAUGGUUUUCUUUCAAGCUUGGAGGAGACAGGGUGUGCAGUGAAGGAAACAGGAUGGAUGCCGCGGCACAUCAUUGCUAAGGAUGAGUGUGACAAUAUAUUAGGUGUUGUUCCACUUUAUCUUAAAAGCCAUUCUUCUGGAGAAUUCGUUUUUGAUUAUUCCUGGGCUGAUGCCUACUACAGUUAUGGUUCAAGAUACUAUCCAAAGUUACAAUGUUGUGUACCUUUUACUCCAGUCACUGGUCAGAGGAUUUUAGUCCGUAAUAACUCAUACAAAGAUCAAGUCUUUGAUAGCUUAGUCUCUGCAAUGAAGGAUCUGACGGCCAAGUUCCAAGUUUCAUCACUACAUGUUACCUUUCCGACCGAAAGUGAGUGGGACAAAAUGAAGGAAAAGGGUUUUCUCCAGAGGACUGGGAUGCAAUAUCACUGGAAAAAUCGUAAUUACAAAAAUUUUGAUGAGUUCUUGAUGGACAUGAAGCAAAGUAAAAGGAAAAAUAUUCGUCAAGAGCGCAAAAAGAUUUCUACACAAAACUUAACAAUGAAACGGCUCCGGGGAUAUGAAAUAAAGGCUAAGCACUGGGAUUCCUUUUACAAGUUCUAUAGGAACACCACUGAUAACAAGUGGGGUAGUCCUUAUCUAACGAGAGAUUUCUUUCACAACAUGGGAUCAAAGAUGGAAGAUCAAGUACUACUUGUUGUUGCUGAAGAAGGGGAUGAACUUGUUGCAGGAGCUCUCAAUCUUAUUGGAGGAGAUACUUUAUUCGGCCGCUUAUGGGGAUGUCUCCCACGAGCUUAUUAUCCUAGCUUGCAUUUUGAAGCAUGCUAUUACCAGGCAAUAGAAGCAGCUAUUGAACUUAAUCUGAACAAAGUAGAGGCAGGAGCUCAAGGUGAGCAUAAGAUUCAGCGUGGCUAUAUGCCUGUGACAACUUACAGCUGCCAUUACUUUCUGGACAAGGGUUUUGAGAAAGCCAUAAACGAAUUUUUAGUGCGUGAAACGGCUCAGGUUAAGCUUGUUAUGAAACUAUUACACGAAUCCGGUCCUUUCAAGGAUGGUAUACAAACAUAAAAUUGAAGUAUGACUCCUAAACCCUAAUUUAGUUGAAAAUAAAUCAGUGCAUACCUAGAUUUUAUUGUAAAGGUCUUCUUGUACAUGUCAUAAUCAUAUCAGGAAACUUGACCAAAUGUUUUUUUAUUUGUACAUAAUAUAGCAAUGAGAUUACACUGCAAACACAUCCCUAUUUAAUUGCUGAAUUAGGUUUUACCAUGGACUUCCCUGGGCAAGUUUCUGAAUUCAUGUCUAGGGCUCUUAUGAAACUUCAUAUGAUAUGAUGUUCAAAGCCUGGAUUGGAAAAUUUUCAUAAUAUUUGCUCUUGAUGGUAUCAAAACUUUUGUGAAGCUUUUCAUGUUCUAGUGUCAAUUUUAUUGAGAAACUAGUAAAAUGUGAAGCGAAGAUAUGAUACCAUCACCUUGAUAGGGAUAUACGCUAAAACCGAUGUUCGAAAGUUGAAACAUAACCGGUACUUCCUAACAUGAUUUAUUUGUGUUUUGGAGAAAUAGAGCGGCUAUGGUCCUGUUUGGAAUCUGUUUAAGUCAAAAAAUACAUUUGGCAAACUUCAAACAAAAAACAAUUUUUUGAAACAUUUGUUUUGAAAAUAUGUUGUAUCUGAGAACAAAUUUGAGGUGUUUUCAAUUUGUACGGUAUUUUGAGAAACAAUUAAAAAUAUAGAGGAUGCUUUGAAAGCUUUAAUAUCAAUAUAAGCGUACGAUUCUUUGCAUGGAGAAUAAGUCGAGGAAACUAUUUUUCAUAUUUAAGUUUGCAUACGACAUUUUAUUCUUAAAAACAAGUGAGUUUCAAGAAUUGUCGCAGAAACUAUUUUUUUGUUAACUGUUUUUCAGAUGUUAUUUUUCCUUGCAAACAUGAUACCACAGGCAGACCUUUAUUAAAUUAAAAUUAUUCUUAUCUUUAAUAAGAACAUUUUUAAAAUAUGAUUCCCAAACAGAAAUUUUGAUCAAAUCAUAGAUGUAACUACUCUUGAUUUUGCAUUUUUUAUUGCCAAGGCAUGAGAUGAAGAAUGGGUAUACAAUACCUUUUUCAGGCUAGACUGGGUUCAUGAUCAUGUUUUCUCUUGUCUGAGAUGUACAGUAACACAGGUUUCAAAACCCUUGAUUUCAAGGAAUCAAACAAUUUCAAUUCAUUCCAACUUGUUGAACUGUUUUUGAUGUGAUAUCCCACAUCACAUUGUUGGGGUUUGUGUAUAUGCAGCUUAGAGCAUCUGAGAUGGAUAAUGCUUGAACUACUUUUGGGGCCAAUUAGGGAGUGAUUUUAAUGUCUUAUCCCACAUCGCCUUGGUUGAGCUUGUUUAAAACAAUUGAGGCAUUAUAACCCAAAAUGAACGAUAUCCACACAAACUAUAAUGAUACCAACAGAGCUACAAGGCAAGAAUCCAAGAGAAAAAAAGCUAGUGGGCGAGUAUUAUCAAUUACAUGUGGAGAGACAUACAUGUUUGUAGGCAAACAAAUCACAAAGACCCUGUUUUGGGUUAGAACCCGAGCCAAUGUUAUAAUUUGAGGGUCCACAAUGUAUAUCAUGCUAUUAAACAAUUAAUAUUCAUAUUUUAGGGGAGAGGUGGGUUUCUUAUCGAAUUCAAUACAAACAAAUACAUAUAUAGCAUCCAAUAAAAAAAAAAUUAAAAAAUGAUGGCAAAACCACAAAGAAGAGAAAAUUUUAAUGAACAGAUCCCAAGUACACCUUAAAGAUUCAACAGUUUGUAAACACAAGGGGGGGGGGGGG